CGGGACCGAGUGAGCGAGUGCGGGACCGACGCCUCGGGAAAACUUCGGGCAACUUUGGCAGCGCUGGCGGGCGAGGGCAGGUGGGUCUGCUCCUUUCGCUGUCCCCUGGUUAACCUGGCUUGGUUCGCCUCUGGAUCCAGGUGUGCGUCCCCUUGGCGUCCAGCACGCGGCCAGAGUGCAGCAUCAUGCAGGAGAUCGAGGAGGAGCGCAGCCAGUGCUUGGCAGAGCUCACCUGGGACAACCAGACCUCAGGCUGCAGGAGGCAGUGGGACAACAUCACCUGCUGGCCUGAAGCAGAGGUGGGAGAAGUCGUGGUCCGGCCGUGCCCCAAGUACUUCAGGUUCCUGACCUCCUUCCUGGGGAAUGUGACCAGGAAUUGUACAAGCCAGGGCUGGUCAGAUGUGUACCCUGCACCCUACGCUGUGGCUUGUGGCUAUGACUCCAACAGCACUCCAGGAGAAGAGCAAACGGCGUUCUACGGGACGGUCAAGACCGGCUACACCAUCGGGCACACCUUAUCCCUCAUCGCCCUCACGGCUGCCAUGAUCAUCCUGUGCCUCUUCAGAAAACUGCACUGUACUCGAAAUUACAUUCACAUGCACCUCUUCAUGUCCUUCAUCAUGAGAGCCAUUGCAGUUUUCAUAAAGGAUGUCAUCCUGUUUGAGAGUGGGGAGUCUGAGCACUGCUUUGUGAGUUCAGUGGGCUGCAAGGCCAUGAUGGUUUUCUUCCAGUAUUGUGUCAUGGCCAACUUCUUCUGGCUGCUGGUGGAGGGGCUGUACCUUCACACCCUGCUGGUCAUCUCCUUCUUCUCGGAGAGGAAAUACUUCUGGUGGUACAUCCUGAUCGGCUGGGGUGCCCCCUCUGUGUUCAUCACUGCCUGGACUAUUGUCAGGAUUUACUUUUUCGAUGUUGGGUGCUGGGAGGAAGUAGUGGAAUCCCCGUUCUGGUGGAUCAUUAAAACUCCUAUUUUGGUGUCUAUUUUGGUGAACUUCAUCCUCUUCAUCUGCAUCAUCCGUAUCCUGGUCCAGAAGCUGCACUCCCCAGAUGUUGGGCACAACGAAACCAGCCAAUAUUCGAGGCUGGCCAAGUCCACCCUGCUGCUGAUCCCUCUCUUUGGCAUUCACUACAUCAUGUUUGCUUUCUUCCCCGACAAUUUCAAAGCAGAAGUGAAGCUGGUCUUUGAGCUGGUGGUUGGGUCAUUCCAGGGAUUCGUGGUGGCUGUUCUGUACUGCUUUCUCAAUGGAGAGGUGCAAGCUGAGCUCAAGAGGAAGUGGCGGAGGUGGCACCUGGAGAGGUUCCUGGGCUCGGACAUGAAGUACCACCACCCUUCCCUGGGCAGCAACGGCACCAACUUCAGCACCCAGAUCUCCAUGCUGACCAAGUGCUCGCCCAAGACGCGCCGCUGCUCCGGCUUCCAGGCUGAGUUCUCUCUGGUGUGAUGGGGAGAGGCUCCCCAGGCACUGAGCAUCCAAAACUGAGACACGAGGAGCCCCGGGAAGCAGUGGUGCCAUGAGAAACCCCUGUGAAAUGACCUGCUCCACAUGAGCCAACAGAGGACACACAACUGGAAAAGUUGGCUCCCAGGAUGAGAUGGGACAAGCCAAGAGGCAGAGGAGCACUCUUGCUCUCCCUCUUUUCAGGCCUUUCACUCUUCAGUUUCAAGCCCUCAGGGGUUGAUAACUCUGAGGAAUUGUCCAAGUUGCUUGAGGACAGCCUGGGAGAUGCUGAUGUGUCAUAAAUGAUGAAGUACUGGGGGUAAGGGAGGGAGAGCCUCAGUCCUCGGUGGCUUUACCAGAACUGGCAUCUCUGAAACAGGCAAAUUGCACUUUUAUUUUUCUUUUUUUUUUUUUUUUAAUGAGCCAGUAAAGGAGAGACAGAGGCAGGAAGGAGAAAAAAAAAAAAUCCAAGCAUACGAAUGUGCCAAAAUUCCUGUGGACAAGAGGUGAUGAUACAGCAGCAAAGACGGUAUUGGGGACACGGGGAGAAGGGACAGGAGGAGCAUGAGCAGGAAGGGAGAGGCCAGCACAUGGCCCCCACGUUUUACACAGGUGGAGAUGAAGCUGCAGCACCAGGAAAGCCCCUUGGAGGAUGCCCCAGUGUGUUCUGCUAAUUCCCCACCAUCCUUGGGAGCAGAAGCUUUCCAGGCCCCCUUGGAAGAGCAGAUCCCUGGGAAGGGUCAGCGUGAGGACACCCUUCUCUGCACUGUGUUGGUGACAUGGUGUUUUGCUUGGUUGUGUUCCAUGAACAGGAAACUCGAUUUGCAUGUAUAAAAACCAGGGCCAGGUGCCAAAAGCAGAGCACGGCUGUGUUUUUUUGUUUUUUUUUUCAUUCACUUUAAGUUCUCCUAUAGAUCUCGGUGCAUGGAUGCACCCAGGAUCAUUAGGGAUCAGGGGAAAAUAAUUGGGCUGUAAUUCAUUUGCACUUGCUUAGCACACACUGACAGGAAAGGGAAAUAUAGGGCCCUGUAAUCCUUAAUUGAAUCAGAGCCACCAUAAGGAGCCACUCUGCAGAUGAAAAAAAAAUUAGUGUCACAGCAGCAGGUAAAAUUGCUUUCAUCAGAACAAGGUUGUCUCUGCAUACAACUGGCACUCCAGGAGGGAGAAAGGAGUGAAGGAGCUAUUAAAGGGAUUUCUUCUUCAGCUUUUGUGGGGAGCUUUCACCCUAUAUGAAGGCAUUGUUAGAUAUUUAAGGUGUGUGUGUGUGCAUUUUACUUCUUUUCUGAAGGCCUGUUAGCUUCCAUACAGGUGCAAUUCCUACUUGAAGAAUGCACAUGGAUCCCAUGAAAAUCAAGGCAGUAGGGUUUUUUUAAUUCUUGUUUUCAUGGUGGAGAGGCAAAGGAGAGAUGUUAAAGCCCAGUCCUGCUCAUUUGAGGCAACCUCACAGUCCCAAACUCAGUCAGAAGACAGAAAAUACACAGAUACAGAUGCUCAUGUUUGUGUCCCACUCAAGUGCAUCAAGUGAGGUUGAAAAAGUUUCAUGCUGAGGAUGGGAAAUCCCUGCCCAGCUCAUGUGUACCCUCAGAAAUCGGGCUGCUGCCACCCUAUUAAAUCAUGUCCUUGGGAAGGAGUGUCUGGGUCACCAACACAGGCACCUGAGAGGGAGGUGAGCUCCUCUUUUAAAGAGUUCAGAGAUCUCAGCUUACCAGUUUGAUUUCUGCACAGGGAAAUGCAGCUCACUGCAGCCUGCUGGGGUUGGGGGGUGGUUUGCCUUAAGCAAAGGAUGCCAACAAACCACAGUGAGCCCAGGAGGAGAAGUGCAGACCCAGCUCCUUUCUGAGUCCUGACAGGGCAGUGUUCCAUGCCAUAACCAUUCCCAGAGCCUGCUACCAGUUGAGCUGGAUGCUCCCAGAGGAUUUCUCCAGGUGUGGGACUGAGAGCAGGGUGGGGGGCUGCGGUCAGUGAAGGGGCUGAGAAACUGUGAUAUACACCAAGGGCAAACUUGCAGUCCUGAGUCUGCAGGGAGCAAGCUCAGAUCCUGUCACAGUGUAGAUCCAGCCUGUAGAGGAUAGGAAGAUAUGAAAAUUCCUGGAAUUGCAGUGCUGGUGACCCCAGGCUGGCCAGGUGUGAGCCAGCUUUGUUAAGGCUCCUUUAUGCUGAGCCUACAUCAACAGUGAGGAUCCAACUCUGAUGUGCUGUAAGAUCAUCAAAAUGCAGCUCCCUGAUUCCCAAAAUGCAGAGAAAACAAGAGGAUGCUCAAAAAUUCCCCACUUUUCUUGCAUUGAAGCCCUUAUGCCUUGACACCCUCAAACAAUAUCCCAUUUAAAUCCACAAGGUUCUCAGAGGCAAGAACCUUUUAAGUCAUGGUCAGAGUUCAGGAAGAGUUUGGACAGUGCUCUCAGGCACUUGGUGUGAUUUUUGGGGUUGUCCUGUGCAGGACCAGGAGUUGGACUCGAUGAUCCUUGUGGGUCCCUUCUAACUCAGGGUAUUCUGUGAUUCUCUUUGUGUUUGGUGCUUGUGUUGCUCUGCUGAGCAUUUUCAGACCUGGAUUAGGACACUCCCAGGAAAUACUGGAGAAAUCCCACCAGUACCACCCAUUCUUCUCCUGUGGCUGGUUCAAAGCAAGGAUUUGACCUGCA